CAAAAGAAAAUGGAGAUUUUGAGCUUCCAAAAAAUGGUGUUGAUGAUGAUGCUGACCAUGAUGUUCAUAAACAUAACGAAAUCAGAGCUUCACUACGUUGGAGGGGACAAGUUUAGUUGGGUACCCAAAGUUAACCUGACAGAAUGGUCAAGUCACGAGCACUUCCAUUUGAAUGAUUGGCUUUACUUUGGAUAUGACAGGGACAUGUACAAUGUACUAGAGGUGAACGAGACAAGUUAUGCGAACUGCAUAACCACAGGAUUUAUUAAGAAUGUAUCAACAGGUGCAGGAAGAGAUGUGUUUCAGCUGACAGAGUUCAAGACCUUCUACUUCUUAAGUGGAGGAGGCUAUUGUAGUGAUGGGAUGAAGGUUGCUAUAAAGGUUACAGAAGGUGUUGCUGCACCCACUCCAGCACCUUCACCUAAAAGUGCUGCUCCAGCACCUUCACCAGAAAGUGCAGCUCCAGCACCUUCACCAGAAAAAGGUGAUGCUUGUGGCAUUCACCUCAACCAAAUACUUUUGGUGUUCAUCUUUGUCUUCAUGUGGGGUAUCUCUUCAAAUUACAUUAGCUACUAGAAAUGGUAGACCACAAGUAGAUUUACCAUAUCGAUGUGUUGAUUUUAUGUGUAAUGGUAAGCUGAAUUAUGGCAUUCAAUGUAUCUUUUAGCUUUAUUAAUAAGUAAUUUCACACUUGUGGAAAGUUUGAGUAUUUUUUGCAUGAUGUUCUAAGUUCAA